AUGUCAGCGAUCUACGACGUCGCUGCCGACUUCAUCACAAAUAAGUCCCUCACCGCCAGCUGGGACACCAGCGUGAUCCUUUGGGACCUCAACGCAGGAACGGAGGUGGGCCCCUUGACUUGCUCCGGCGGCGGAUAUGGCGGAUGCGGACACACAGUGUCUGUCUGGAGGGUGGUUGCCGACUUCACCGCCGAAUUGGCCCUCUCCGGCGAUUCUGGUGGCACCCUCAUCCUGUGGAACCUCGCCACAGGGCAGGAAGUCCGCGCGAUCACAGGGGGUCCCUCCAGCAUAAUUACAGACAUGUCUGCCGACUUUGGUCUGCUGAAGGCCUUCGUCGCUACCUCAGAUGGCUCGAUGGUUGUGUGGGACCUCUCCGCAGGAACGCAAGUCCACGCCAUGAGCGCGAACUACAACCCGAACCAAGUCCAGGUGGACUGGGAUCUCCUUCAGGCCAUCUCAUGCGACAACAGCGGCAACCUCGUCUUGUGGGACCUGGAUUUGGGACAGGAGGUACGUCAGAUUAAACCCAAUGUUGGCAAGCUCGUCACUUGCCAAGCAGAUUUCCCUUCGAUGCAGGCGGUCACUGCUGGCGACGACUCGGAGCUCUACCUCGUGGACCUCUCCGGGUCCGUUGUCCGAACCAUGACCGGGCACACCAAUGGCAUCCGCACAGUGGUGGCAGACUUCACGGCCAUGAUGGCCUUGACGGGCAGCAUCGACUCCACGGUCAUCUUGUGGGACCUCAGCACAGGCAGCGCAGUCCACACGCUGACUUCGCAUCUUAGCACCGUCCAAGCAAUUGCUGCGGACUUCUCCUGCAUGCGAGCUUUGUCCACGGGCAACGAUGGCAAGCUUGUAGCUUGGGACUUGGACACGGGUCUGCAAAUAGCCGAGGACGGGAGCCACACAGACAGGGUCACCAGUUUGGUAGCUGACUUCUCCCUCGGGAAGGCCUUGACAGGGUCGCGCGACACGGUCGCCAAGUACUGGGACCUGGGGGAGGCUAUGACGUGUGCAGCUUCGCCCGACAAAGUGCGGACCAACUCGCAGUUCUACCUGGACCAAGCAGAACACUACCAGGUUCCUCUGGUGGCGGAGCUGGUGCGGCGCAUGCACGUCCUGGCGCGGAUGCCGGACGGCCACGGGGAGCCGCUGCAGGUGGGGCAAUACCACCUCGGGGAGUUCUACCAGCCCCACUUCGACUCCGAACUUUCGCAGAAUCUGCGGCGGGCAGUGACGGUGCUCGUCUACCUGGACCCGCCCAAGGCAGGCGGCGAGACCAUCUUCCCGAAGCACCGAAAGUGCCAGGACGCCGACUUUGCGGACUGCUGCAACCGCACGGAGCUGAUUGCAGAAGGCAAGGGCUUCUGGGUUCGUGGGAAGAAGGGCCAGGCGGUGGUUUUCUACUCCCACGACCUGGAUGGCAGGCACAACCCGUUGUCCAUGCACGGCUCCUGCCCGGUGCUCGCAGGUGAGAAGUGGGUGGCUCAGCAGUGGUUCCGACUGGAGCCGUAUGCCGGCAGCCCCUACUUCUUCCCCGUGGCUGACUCGGCUACCUGA